GGCCACGGGGAGUGGGGGCCAGUGCCUGCAGCCCCUGCCUGUCCCACAGGCGCCUAGAGUGUCACUGGGCGCGGGCUCCGCAGCUCUGCUUCCCAAGGAGGCGACUGCAGGGCGAGAACAGGGAGCCCUGGGCUAUCGGUGAAAGCACUGGGAUCAUUCUGCACAGAAAAGGGAAAGUUGGGCAUUUAUAUCCCAGAGGGAAGUGACAACGGUGUCUCUCUGUGCUGAAGUCAGGCGCCAUGUGGCUGGAAAUUCUCCUCGCCUCGGUGCUGGGCUUUGUCAUCUACUGGUUCAUCUCCCGGGACAAGGAGGAAACUUUGCCACUUGAAGAUGGGUGGUGGGGGCCGGGCACGAGGCCCGCAGCCAGGGAGGACGAGAGCAUCCGCCCCUUCAAGGUGGAAACGUCGGAUGAGGAGAUCCACGACUUACACCAGAGGAUCGAUAAGUUCCGCUUUACCCCGCCUUUGGAGGACAGCUGCUUCCACUAUGGCUUCAACUCCACCUAUCUGAAGAAAAUUAUCUCCUACUGGCGGAAUGAAUUUGACUGGAAGAAGCAGGUGGAUAUUCUCAACAGAUACCCUCACUUCAAGACCAAGAUUGAAGAACCAGGGCUCAAUUCGGUGGCCACCGCCAGGAUCUUUUAUAAGCUGAUGCUGCGGCUGGGCUUCCAGGAAUUCUAUAUUCAAGGUGGUGACUGGGGGUCCCUGAUCUGCACCAACAUGGCCCAGCUGGUGCCCAGCCACGUGAAAGGCCUGCACUUGAACGUGGCUUUUGUCUUAAAUUUCUUCACCCUGACCCUUCUCCUGGGACGGCGUUUCGGGGGACUUUUUGGCUACACCGAGAGGGAUAUGGAGCUGAUGUACCCCUUCAAGGAGAAAUUCCUCUACAGCAUAAUGAGGGAGAGCGGCUACAUGCACAUCCAGUGCACCAAGCCCGACACCGUGGGCUGUGCCCUGAAUGACUCUCCUGUGGGGCUGGCUGCCUAUAUUCUGGAGAAGUUCUCCACCUGGACCAAUGCGGAAUACCGGUACCUGGAGGAUGGCGGCCUGGAAAGGUGAGACCCCGUUCAUUCGCCCCCGCCGU